AUGGCCGGAGAAGGCUACCAGUUCUUCCGCAGCGUAACGGAUUUAGGGGCUGAUUUAGGGGCUGAUUCCACGGGCAAAAGUGACGCUUCAGAAGCAAUCAAUGCAGCAGUUAGUAGCUGGAAUGCCGAGCCUACGGGUGGUGACAGCGCUCGCCGCGGCGAAGAAUGCGGUAACACGUUCACGCAGGGCGCCAUCGUCUACUUCCAGUCGGGCACCUACAAACUCUGUACGCCAGUGAUCCAGCUCAAUUAUACACAGUUUAUCGGCGAUGCGAACGACCCGCCCACCAUCAAGGGAUGUGAGAUAUUUCAAAGAAUUGCGCUGGUUGACACGGAUCCAUAUUGUGCCCCCUGCGACGACCUGGGGUUGCAUACUGUCGGGUCUUCAGUGAGUUCUGGGAUAGUGACAGGCUCCGGCGAGACUGGAUGCAACUCUUUCAACAAUGCCCUGCUGGCCGAGGUUGUGGUCGAGCAGUCAGAUCAGAGUCACAUCAUCUAUCUAUAUGACAAUGCCGACUGUAGCAUACCGUAUGUUUACAAUUGCACCUAUCUCGACUACACCUCGGCAAGUCCCAGCGGCGGCCCUGGAGGUGUAGAAGAUGUCUACCUGGGCCUCGGGUCCAACUCCAAUCAUUACAGACCGUUCCUCUCGCAUAGCGUCCAGUCGCCACACAAGGUGACUGACGAUGAGAAUAUGGCAGCAGCGACCAGUGGUAGUGAUGAGCUGGGUUAG